AUGAGUGAAGAAAACCUUUUUGAAGUGUCUGGUAGUGAAAUGACAGACUAUUCUCAGAAACACGCCAAGCUGGCGCCGCAUUUUCUAGGGUACCGUAAUGUAAAUUCUACCGAGGAUUCACCUUUAAAGAAUUUUGUCAAAUCCCAUGGUGGUCAUACUAUCAUAUCGAAAGUGCUGAUUGCCAAUAACGGUAUAGCCGCAGUCAAAGAGAUUCGUUCCGUAAGGAAAUGGGCCUAUGAGACUUUUGGCAAUGAAAGAGCUGUUCAAUUCGUUGCAAUGGCUACACCAGAAGAUUUGGAAGCUAACGCUGAAUAUAUAAGGAUGGCCGAUCAGUACGUCGAAGUACCAGGUGGUACAAACAACAACAACUACGCAAACGUCGAUCUGAUCGUCGAUAUCGCUGAGAGAGCUGAUGUCGAUGCCGUCUGGGCAGGUUGGGGUCACGCAUCGGAAAAUCCUCUACUACCGGAAAGUUUGGCUAGAUCCAAGAGGAAAGUUAUCUUUAUCGGUCCACCAGGUUCUGCCAUGAGAUCUUUGGGUGACAAGAUUUCAUCCACUAUCGUCGCCCAACACGCUAAAGUACCAUGUAUCCCAUGGUCAGGUACUGGUGUCGAUCAAGUUUUUGUCGAUGAAGAAACCAAUUUAGUCUCUGUGCAAGAUGAUGUUUAUCAAAAGGGUUGUUGCUCCUCUCCAGAAGAUGGUUUAGCAAAAGCCAAGGAAAUUGGUUUCCCAAUUAUGAUCAAAGCCUCUGAAGGUGGUGGUGGUAAAGGUAUCAGAAAAGUUGAACGUGAAGAGGACUUUAUCUCCUUGUACCACCAAGCAGCAAACGAAAUUCCAGGUUCUCCAAUCUUUAUUAUGAAGUUGGCCGGUAAGGCACGUCAUUUGGAAGUUCAAUUAUUGGCUGAUCAAUAUGGUACCAACAUUUCUUUGUUUGGUCGUGAUUGUUCCGUGCAAAGACGUCACCAAAAAAUCAUUGAAGAAGCUCCUGUUACCAUCGCUAAACCGGACACUUUCUCGGAGAUGGAAAGAGCCGCUGUCAGAUUGGGUAAAUUGGUCGGCUACGUCUCUGCUGGUACUGUCGAGUACCUGUAUUCUCAUGAUGAUGAUAAAUUUUAUUUCUUGGAGUUGAACCCAAGAUUGCAAGUCGAGCAUCCAACCACUGAAAUGGUUUCUGGUGUUAACUUGCCUGCAGCUCAAUUACAAAUUGCUAUGGGUAUCCCAAUGCAUAGAAUUAAAGAUAUUAGACUGCUAUACGGUUUGAACCCACAUACCGCUACUCCAAUCGAUUUUGAGUUCAAAUCAGAAGAAUCUUUGAAGGUUCAAAGAAAGCCAAUUCCAAAGGGUCACUGUACGGCUUGUCGUAUCACUUCUGAAGAUCCAAACGAAGGUUUCAAGCCAUCUGGUGGUUCCUUGCACGAUUUGAACUUCCGUUCAUCUUCAAAUGUUUGGGGUUAUUUCUCGGUUGGUAAUAAUGGUGGAAUCCACUCUUUCUCAGACUCCCAAUUCGGUCAUAUCUUCGCUUUUGGUGAAAAUAGGCAAGCGUCUAGAAAGCACAUGGUUGUUGCUCUGAAAGAAUUAUCCAUUAGAGGUGAUUUCAGGACUACUGUCGAAUAUUUAAUUAAGCUUCUAGAGACCGAAGAUUUUGAAGAGAAUACCAUCACCACCGGUUGGUUAGAUGAUUUGAUCUCUCAAAAGAUGACCGCUGAGAAGCCAGAUCCAACUUUGGCUGUUAUUUGUGGUGCCGCUACUAAGGCCUUUAUCGCUUCUGAAGCUGCUCGUCAAGAGUACAUUAACUCUCUGAAGAGAGGUCAAGUUCCAGCAAAGACCUUACUACAAACCAUGUUCCCAGUUGAAUUUAUCCACGAUAGCAAGAGAUACAAGUUUACUGUGGCCAAGUCUGCUGAUGAUCGUUACACUCUGUUCAUCAAUGGUUCGAAAUGUGAAGUACGUGCUCGUAAACUUUCUGAUGGUGGUCUUUUGAUCGCUGUUGGUGGUAACUCUCACACUAUCUACUGGAAGGAGGAAGUUGCUGCCACUAGGCUGUCUGUCGACUCCAUGACUACUUUGUUGGAAGUCGAGAACGAUCCAACCCAGCUACGUACUCCAUCCCCAGGUAAACUGGUCAAGUUCAUCGUCGAGAAUGGUGAUCAUGUCGUCGCUGGUCAACCUUACGCUGAAGUUGAAGUCAUGAAGAUGCAAAUGCCUUUGAUUGCACAGGAAAGUGGUGUUGUUCAACUCCUAAAGCAACCUGGUUCUACUAUUGCCGCUGGUGAUAUAAUCGCCAUCUUGAGUUUGGACGAUCCAUCCAAGGUGAAGCACGCUCUACCUUUCGAAGGAAUGCUUCCAGACUUAGGUGCUCCAAGCAUUGAAGGUACUAAGCCAGCUUACAAGUUCAAGUCAUUGGUCACUACUUUGGAAAACAUCUUGAAUGGUUACGAUAACCAAGUUAUCAUGAAUGCAUCUCUACAACAAUUGAUUGAAGUUUUGAGAGAUCCAAAACUACCAUACUCUGAAUGGAAAAUGCAAAUUUCUGCUCUACAUUCUAGAUUGCCAGCCCAACUUGAUGAGCAACUAGAGCAAUUGGUCGACAGAUCGGCCAAACGUUCGGCUAUUUUCCCAGCAAGACAGUUAUCUAAACUUAUGGAAGGUGCUUUGAAGCAAAAAGAUGCUGGUUUGCUGAGUACUGUUAUGGAACCACUUUUGGACAUUACCAGCCGUUACGCUAACGGUCUGGCUGCUCAUGAGCACUCUGUCUUUGUCAAAUUCCUAGAAGAGUACUACAAUGUUGAGAAAUUGUUCAACGGUCCAAAUGUUCGUGAAGAGAAUGUGAUCUUAAAGCUUCGUGAUGAAAACAUAGACAACUUAGAAAAGGUGGUCCUGAUUGUUCUUUCUCACUCUAAAGUCUCUGCAAAGAACAAUUUGAUUUUGGCAAUUCUAAAGCACUACCAACCUUUGUGUAAAAUCUCUUCUGAUGUUGCUGCUACUAUCUCUGUUCCAUUGCAACACAUUGUCGAAUUGCAAUCCAAGGCUACCGCCAAGGUUGCUUUGCAAGCAAGAGAGAUCUUGAUUCAAGGUGCUUUGCCAUCCGUCAAGGAAAGAACCGAGCAGAUCGAACACAUUCUGAAAUCUUCAGUGGUUCAAGCUUCUUACGGUGCCACAAAGCCAAAGCGUACUGAGCCAAACAUGGAAGUUCUAAAGGAUUUGAUCGAUUCUAACUACGUUGUGUUCGAUGUCUUGACCCAAUUCUUGAGCUAUUCUGAUCCUGCUGUCGCUGCCGCUGCCGCUGAAGUCUAUGUCCGUAGAGCUUACAGAGCGUACACCAUCGGUGACGUUCAAGUUCAUACCAACACUAGUAACCCCAUCUGUGAGUGGAAAUUCCAAUUACCAUCAGCUGCUUUCACCGCAAUCCCUCAAAUGAAAUCUAAGCUUGGUAUGAACAGAGCUAUGUCCGUAUCUGAUUUGACUUACACAGCUGAUAGCCAAAGCUCUCCUUCAAGAACUGGUAUCUUGGUUUCCGCUGAGCAUCUGGAUGAUGUUGACGAUGUCUUGUCUCAAAGUCUAGAAAUCAUCCCAAGAGCUUCUUCUUCUGCCAGUGGUCCAGCUCCAGACAGAUCUGGUAGUACCCAAUCUUUGAGUAACGUUGCCAACAUCUACGUCAACUCUACCGACGGUUUCGAAUCGGAAGAAAGUGUGUUGAAGAGAUUGACUGAAAUCUUAGAAACUAGCAAACAGGAGUUGAUCUCUUCUGCUAUCCGUCGUAUCACCUUUAUGUUCGGUUACAGUGAUGGUUCUUAUCCAAAGUACUACACUUUCAAGGGCCCAGCUUACGACGAAGAUCAAACUAUUCGUCACAUCGAACCCGCGCUGGCUUUCCAACUAGAAUUAGGAAGAAUGUCAAACUUCAACAUUAAGUCGAUCUUCACUGAAAACAGAAACAUCCAUGUCUACGAGGCUGUUGGUAAGACUUCUCCACUUGAUAAGAGAUUUUUCACCAGAGGUAUCAUCAGAACUGGCCGUAUCCGCGAUGAUAUUUCCAUUCAAGAAUACUUGACUUCGGAAGCCAACAGAUUGAUGAGUGACAUUUUGGACAACUUGGAAAUCAUCGAUACUUCUAACUCUGACUUGAAUCAUAUCUUCAUCAACUUCUCUGCAGUCUUUGAUGUCUCUCCAGAAGAUGUUGAGGCUGCCUUCGGUGGUUUCUUACAGAGAUUCGGUAAGAGAUUACUAAGACUGAGAAUUGCUUCUGCUGAAAUCCGUAUCAUAAUCAAGGACCCAAAAACUGAAACUCCUGUUCCUUUGCGUGCCUUGAUUAAUAACGUCUCUGGUUACGUUGUCAAGACUGAGCUAUACACUGAAGUCAAGAACGCUAAGGGUGACUGGGUAUUCAAGUCCCUCGGUAAGCCAGGUUCCAUGCAUCUAAGACCAAUUGCAACUCCAUACCCAGUCAAAGAAUGGUUGCAACCAAAGCGUUACAAGGCCCACUUGAUGGGAACUACUUACGUUUACGAUUUCCCAGAACUAUUCCACCAGGCGGCUAUUUCUCAAUGGGAGAAAUACUCUUCUGAGGCCAAAAUUUCCGAUGACUUCUUCAUUGCAAACGAACUGAUCGAAGAUGAAAAUGGUGAAUUGACCGAAGUUGACCGUGAACCUGGUGCCAAUGCCAUCGGUAUGGUUGCCUUCAAGAUCACUGUGAAGACUCCAGAAUAUCCUCGUGGCCGUCAAUUUGUUGUUGUCGCAAACGAUAUCACUUUCAAGAUUGGUUCUUUCGGUCCUCAAGAAGAUGAGUUCUUCAACAAGGUUACCGAGUACGCAAGAAAGCGCGGUAUCCCAAGAAUCUACCUAUCAGCCAACUCUGGUGCUAGAAUCGGUAUCGCUGAAGAAUUGGUCCCAUUAUUCCAAGUUGCUUGGAAAGAUCCAUCUGACUCAACGAAGGGUUUUGACUACUUGUAUUUGAACUCCGAGAAUUUGGAAGAGUUGAAGAAAUACGGUAAGGAACAAUCUGUUGUUACUGAACGUAUUGUUGAAGGCGGUGAAGAGAGACACGUCAUCAAAGCAGUCAUCGGUGCUGAUGAUGGUUUAGGUGUUGAGUGUUUGAAGGGUUCUGGUUUGAUUGCUGGUGCCACUUCCAAAGCUUACCACGACAUUUUCACUGUGACUUUGGUCACCUGUAGAUCUGUCGGUAUUGGUGCCUACUUGGUUAGGUUGGGUCAAAGAGCCAUCCAAAUUGAAGGUCAACCAAUCAUCUUGACCGGUGCUCCCGCUAUCAACAAGGUUUUGGGUAGAGAGGUUUACUCCUCCAACUUGCAACUUGGUGGUACUCAGAUCAUGUACAACAAUGGUGUCUCUCAUUUGACCGCAGCAGAUGAUUUGGCAGCCGUUGAGAGAAUUAUGGAAUGGUUAUCUUAUGUUCCAGCUAAACGUAACAUGCCAGUGCCAAUCUUGGAGACCGAAGACAAAUGGGACAGAGAAAUCGAUUUUGUUCCACAUAAGGAUGAACCUUAUGAUGUCAGAUGGAUGAUCGCUGGUCGCGAUUCUGAAGAAGGCUUCGAGUCUGGUUUGUUCGAUAAGGGUUCUUUCUUCGAAACUUUGUCUGGAUGGGCAAAGGGUGUUGUCGUCGGUAGAGCUCGUUUGGGUGGUAUUCCAUUAGGUAUUAUCGCUGUUGAAACCAAGAUGGUUGAGAACUUGAUUCCUGCUGAUCCAGCCAACCCAGAUUCUACUGAAUCAUUGGUCCAAGAAGCUGGUCAAGUUUGGUAUCCAAACUCUGCUUUCAAGACCGCUCAAGCUAUCAAUGACUUCAACUAUGGUGAGCAAUUACCAUUGAUGAUACUUGCCAACUGGAGAGGUUUCUCUGGUGGUCAACGUGAUAUGUACAAUGAAGUUUUGAAGUACGGUUCCUUCAUUGUUGACGCCUUGGUUGACUAUAAGCAACCUAUCAUGAUUUACAUUCCGCCAACUGGUGAAUUGAGAGGUGGUUCCUGGGUCGUUGUUGAUCCAGCCAUCAACCCUGAACAGAUGGAAAUGUACGCUGACGUUGAAUCUAGAGCUGGUGUCUUGGAACCUGCCGGUAUGGUUGGUGUCAAGUACCGUAGAGAGAAACUACUAGGCACUAUGGCCAGAUUGGAUCCAACUUACAAGCAAUUGAAGCAAAAACUUGCUGAUUCUUCCUUAUCCAGCGAAGAACAUCAAGAAAUUUCCAAGAAAUUGGCUGCUCGUGAGCAAUUGCUAUCUCCAAUCUAUAGUCAAAUCAGUGUCCAAUUUGCCGACUUGCAUGACAGAUCCACUCGUAUGUUGGCCAAGGGUGUAAUCAGAAGAGAAUUGCACUGGAGAGAAGCUCGUCGCUUCUUCUUCUGGAGAUUGAGACGUAGAUUGAACGAAGAGUACUUGAUCAAGAGACUUGACGCAGAACUGCCAUUAGCAUCCAGACUAGAGAAGAUUGCUAGACUACGGUCAUGGUACCCAGCAUCUGUUGAUCACGAAAAUGACCGACAAGUUGCCACCUGGAUUGAGGAAAACUACCAGUUACUAGAUGAACACUUGAAAUCUUUGAAAUUGGAAUCAUUCGCUCAAGGGUUGGCUAAGUCACUAAGAAGUGACCACGACAACGUUAUCAAUGGCCUAUCUGAGGUCUUGAAGAUGUUGUCCACUGAGGACAAGGAGAAGAUCUCCAAGAGUCUGAAAUAA